AUUUCAUUAAUAGAUGGGGCCACUUUAUACUUCUAAACGAGUUGAUUUUUUUUCGAUCAAUAUUUUUUUCUUGAUGGAAUUUUUAUGAAUAUUUUAUUUGCACAAAAUGUACAACACCGAUUCUAAUGUGGAUGAUGAGGAUCAAAAGGAUAAUCAAAAAAAUGUUGAGAAAAAAUCUGAACACAAAAUAAUGCUGGAAAAAUGGUUGAAUAAAAAUUUUCGUAUAAAAUUAUCGGAUAAUCGUAUUAUUGUUGGCGUAUUUCUUUGUACUGAUUGUCAUCAGAAUAUUAUACUUGGUUCAAGUCUUGAAUUUCUUAAUGAUGAUGAUGAAGAUCCUCGUUUACUUGGCCUGGCCAUGGUACCUGGUGAACAUAUAAUGUCCAUAUGUGUUGAUGAAAUUGAACCGAUUUCGUAAAUUUUGAAUAAAUUUUUUUUUUUUGAAAAAAA